AGGGAAACGGGACCAACCGCAUCAUGGAGAGACACCGAGCUAAAGAGGGCAUCUAACCGGCCACCUCACGAGCAAAGACGGGAGGCACAAUGAGUGAGGAGGUGUCGGUCGUCCCUGGCUGGCUGACCCCUGACCCCUCGUGGGUCAGCAGCGGUGGCGGGAGCAUGGACAACAUCACAGUUGGGACGUCUCCUCCGGCAGCUGUUCUGCCUCCGCAGCCUCCUCCCGAGGUGCUGGUGAACCCGUGGGACAUUGUGCUGUGCACCUCGGGGACCCUUAUUGCCUGCGAGAAUGCUCUGGUGGUGCUGGUGAUCUGGCAGAAUCCGGCGCUGCGGGCACCCAUGUUCCUCCUGAUUGGUAGCUUAGCACUGGCUGACCUCCUGGCUGGCGUGGGCCUGGUGCUGCACUUUGCCUUCGCCUACCUGCUGCGUUCGGAAUCUGCCCAGCUGCUGACUGUGGGCCUGGUUGUGGCCUCCUUCUCUGCCUCUGUUUUCAGCCUGCUGGCCAUCACCAUAGACCGCUAUCUGUCGCUGUACUACGCACUCACGUACAACUCAGAGCGCACAGCCGCCUUCACCUAUGCCAUGCUGGUGCUGCUGUGGGGCGUCUCGCUGUGUUUAGGUGUUCUUCCCGUCACAGGGGUCAACUGCCUGGGCCAGGAGGCCACGUGCAGCGUGGUGUGGCCUCUCACCAAGAACAAUGUGGCCGUGCUGUCCGUGUCCUUCUUGCUGCUUUUCGGCCUCAUGCUGCAACUUUACGUGCAAAUCUGUAAAAUCGUCAUGCGCCACGCCCACCAAAUCGCCCUGCAACACCACUUCUUGGCUGCCACGCCGCACUACGUCACCACGCGUAAGGGCGUCUCCACACUGGCCAUCAUCCUGGGAACCUUCGCCGCCUGCUGGAUGCCCUUCACCGUCUACUCGCUCGUGGCUGACUACACCUAUCCGCCGCUAUACACCUAUGCCACGCUGGUGCCCGCCACCUACAACUCCGUCAUCAACCCCGUCAUCUACGCCUUCCGCAACCAGGAGAUCCAGAAGGCGCUAUGGAUGGUCUGCUGCGGCUGCGUCCCUGCCAGUGUGGCUCAAAGGGCCCGGACACCCAGUGAUGUCUGAUGUUUGGCAGCAGUGUUUGGUAACCGGCUUAGAGAUCCGGCUACAUAGGGAAUAGCGCCUCCAGCUUAUGUACUAUUUUGAUGGAAUUCGUUUUACAAGGGGAAGUGUGGUAAUGUAAUUAUUACCAUAGUAUCUCUGUGAUUUUAGUCCCAUCGGAAUCUGUCAUUCCCGGCAGCUUUUAUCCGGACUGUAGACAUAACCCCAGGUUAUAUCAAUCCCAUUCAAAUAGACAGCGCUAUUUGAGCUGGAUUAGCUUUACCAGGGGAGCUUCCUUAAUGUAAAUUUUAAUUGUUCUGACUUUAUCAUACGGGAUAAAGUAGCUGUGUAAUGUCCUCAAAUUACCACAGGCAGCCUGGAUUGAAAAGUCAGAGCCUGAAUGUACACAACCAAUAGACGCCCACUCAAUAACAAUAACAACACGGCGCACAGCCUUGUCUAUUACUGGGUUUUGUCAUUCAUUAGCAUAAAGCGGUUUAGAACAUGACUACUAUUACUGAGCCUACUAUUAAUUACUUGUCAUACUUAUUUGCAGAUUCAUACUGGAUAUUGUCAGUCAUCAUUUAUAACAAGUUCCCAGGUAAAAUGAAUCCAGCUCGAACAGUUGCCCUGAGGGUGCAUGUGGUCCCUUUUACGUCUUCCCCUUCUCUUGAAUGUCUCUUCGAACCACUGCCACGCGAACUUUCCCUCACCCAGGCUUCACCAACCAUCGCAACUGUCCAUGUCUGGUGGUAAGCAGCUGUACAUAAGAUGUAGAUAAAUUUUGUCCAGGCUUUUACCGAUGUGCGCUCCUGUCUGAGGGGCUGCGACUGUUCGGCUUGGUCUCAGUGGCAGUGAGGGAGAAAGAGGAGGAUGAGGGAGGAGGAAGAGAGAGAGAGAGAGGGGGAGAGAGAGGAGAAUGAGGGCUCGCGCAUGGCUCGCUCCUUUCGUCUCUCUGCUGCAUGUUGAACGUGCACUGAAAACCAAGCAACCGUGGAGAGCUAAAAAUAACCCGGGCAGGGCAGCUCGCUUCAUCUCGCUGGCUGUUUCGUGUUUUUUCGCUUUAAACCCUUUACCCAAGGCAUGCCCUCCCAACACAGAAGACCAUGAAGAGCUAAUAACCCCCCCCCACCCCCGAAUGAGAGCCACUCUAUGAACAUCACACCCAUCGAUGCCUUUUUUAGCCUAGAUUGAUAGCUAAAUCAGUUUCUCCAUCCGCAUCCUCAUGCAUAAAUGCAGGGCUGAAAUGAACUGGGGUCUGUGUGAAGUGCGCUGUAAUUUAAACCCCCCUUUGUUAACAGGGAAGCUGAAUGCUACCGUGGCAGGUUAGGCUACUGUGUGCAAAUUGGUGAUGCUUAUUGUUCAGCGACAUGAGGACGGAGUUGAAUGUACAGUGUAGUUUUGUUUUCCGUGUAUACAGUGACCUCACUGCUUGAAUUCCAAGUCUGGUUGUUAUGGAUCAGUGACCAUACAGUAUAAAAAUGGAUGCGUUCAUUUGAAUUAACCUAAUUGGUGAACACGUGGUGCCGUAUUUUAAUUGGUGACAUUUACAUAUUAUUCCAAAAAUGGAAAAAAAGCUAUUAAUACGCUACUUACCAAAAUAUAAAAUGGCAUAACCACCAUCCUCACCUAAAUAUACUAUACUCUGAAAUGAGUCUUCCUUCUAAACCAGCCAGGUGAUGAGGAAGAUAAGAUUCAUCUUUAUAAAGGACAGCAAACAUGGCGUGAGCUUUUAUGUACUAUAAGUAUGGGGCUAGUUUGGUGGGAACAUUGACUACAGAGCUGUUGUUGCUUAAAGAAAUAGUUCAGUAGGGUUUGUUGAAAAUGUUAUUACCUGUUUUUUUAAUUUAAUGUGUGCUUUUAAAGUAAGGUAUUGGGCAAAAUGGCCUCCCAAAGGCUUCCAUUGGGCAUAC